AUGGACACUAAAGGCGGCGCCUACCCACGGUGGAAUGAAAAGCUCGUGCUCGACUUGCCAAAGCACUCGAAGUCCAUCACAGUGGAGGUCCAAUGCAAGACUUUGUCCAGCAUCAGGACGAUCGGGACGGCGAUCAUUCCGGCGACAGAUUUUGUUGGCGGGUACGUGCCGGAGGGUUACCUGCAUUUGUUGAGUUACAGGCUGAGAGAUCACAAUGGGGAGAGGAAUGGGAUUAUUAAUAUUUCUGUGAGUAUGAAGGCUCAAAAGAUGUACGUUUAUGCAAGUUCAACGGGGUCUCACUCAACCAAGGGCGGAUCUAUUAAAGGACCAGGGUGGUCCCAGGACCACCCAAAAGCUUGGAUAAAUGAUUAUGAGGAUCUUCAAGGACCACCCAAAUUUGGGCAGUAG